CUCGCUCUCUCUCUCUCACUCUCUCACUCGCACUCAGUUUCGAGCGCUGCACGAAAGCUUCCCAUGACUGGCAAAGAGUGAUGUUUGGAGAGGGAAGGAGGGGAGGGCAACAGUUCGCUUCCCAGGUGCUCGCAGUCUGUGCUCCAUGGGUCUGGCCAGGGCCGGGGCGACGACGGUGCGGCCGACAUAGCGCGUCGGGAUCUGCGUACUGAGUGAGAGGCGACGGUGAGCCGCGGGCACCCGGCAGCGAUGCUAAGGAUGGGUCUCGGGGUAAUUGCACUACUAAGUGGUCGAGUCGCAGUGUUAGUGAUGGCACCUACUGUCUUGUUGAGUCUCCUCUCCGGCGCCGAUCGAGCGUGUCCCAGUAACUGCAGGUGUCACGGUAAAAUAGUGUACUGCGAAUCGCUCAGCCUCCAGGAGAUCCCCCCGAAUAUCUCCCCCGGCUCCCUGGGACUCUCUCUCCGCUACAACAGCCUGCAGACGUUAGAGCACAACCAGUUCGUGGGGCUCAACCAGCUGACCUGGCUGUACCUGGACCACAACUACAUCGGCCUGGUCCACGAACACGCCUUCAACGGCAUCCGCAGGCUCAAGGAGUUAAUCCUGAGCUCCAACAAGAUCACCGGCCUGUUCAACAACACCUUCCGACCGGUCACCAACCUGCGCAACCUCGACCUCUCCUACAAUCAGUUGCAGUCGCUGCAACCCGAGCAGUUCCGGGGGCUUCGCAAACUCCAGAGCUUGCACCUCAGGUCCAACAACCUGCGCACGGUGCCUGUCAGAAUAUUCCAGGACUGCCGCAACUUGGAGUUCCUGGACAUGGGGUACAACCGCAUCCGGAGCCUGGCCCGCAACGCGUUCGCCGGCCUGGGCCGCCUGCUGGAGCUCCACCUGGAGCACAACCAGUUCUCCAAGGUCAACUUGGCCCACUUCCCCCGCCUCAUCACCCUGCGUAUCCUCUACUUACAGUGGAACAAGAUCAGCGUGGUCAUCCAGGGCAUGUCGUGGACCUGGAGCUCGCUGGAGAAACUGGACUUGUCCGGCAACGAGAUCCAGGCCAUUGGGCCCAACGUGUUCCAGUGCGUGCCCAACCUGAGCACGCUGCACCUGGACUCCAACAAGUUGACCACGGUAGGGCAGGAGAUCCUGGAGUCCUGGAUCUCGCUCAGCUCCGUCAGCCUCUCGGGCAACAUGUGGGAGUGCAACAGGAACAUCUGCUCUCUGGUAAACUGGCUGAAGAUGUUUAAGGGGAGGAGGGAGAAUACAAUGAUCUGCGCGGGGCCAAAGCAACUGCAGGGAGAACAAGUGGUGGAGGCAGUCGACAACUAUAACAUUUGCAUUAAAACGCAAAGAAUCACCACCCACGCGGUGCCGGAGCCCCCCAAACUCCAAGCCAAACCAACGUUUAAAACAAGGCUUCCAAAGGCCAACUCAGAAAGCAAAGGCCAGGCCCCAGUUCCCGCAGCCACCACUCCUCCACAACCCAGCUCCGACUCUGAGGACAUCGAGCCCGUCUCCUUCCACAAGAUCAUCGCGGGCAGCGUGGCCCUCUUCCUCUCCGUGCUGGUCAUCCUUCUGGUCAUCUACGUGUCCUGGAAACGUUACCCGGCGAGUAUGAGGCAGCUCCAGCAGCGCUCGCUGGGCCGAAGGCGACGCAAGAAGAGGCAGUCGCUGAGGCAAAUGGUGCCCACUACCCAGGAAUAUUAUGUUGAUUACAAGCCUGCACACACCGAGGCCACGGAGAUGCUGAUGAACGGAACAGCUUCUUGCACCUUUAACAAAUCAGGCUCCAGGGAAUGCGAGAUCCCCAUCGCCAUGAGCGUCUCAUCCUUCCUCGCCUAUGACCAGCCAGCGCUAAGUUGUUGCGGAGCGCACCAGGGACACCUGGCUCACAAGCAGUACGAACUGCAAGCCCACAAGGAUGGCCCAGAUAGCCACAGAGAGCCUGGCACAGAACUGAGCACAAUUGCAACAGUGACAUGCUCCGGCAGCCAUAUUCAGUGACCCGACUCAGCCCAAGGCUCUUCAGAUCAUUGCCAUUCACAGUGAUGGACUAAACGAAAACAAGGCCCAGACAGCUGAAAGAGGAGACCUGUGGCCCAAGACAUAAAUCAUUGUAUUAAUGCAGAGAUACUGUUGCCAGAGGUCAGAUUGGAAGUGAUGCGGAUUUCACUGAAAUGUUUUUUGUUUGAGUUUGUACGGACUUUAUUCAUGCAGUAUUUUUUAAAAUGAGAGAGCAAAGAACUUGUACAGAUUUUAUUCAGUAUUCUUGUCUUUAACAACCCACCUGUAUAUACAUGAGUUAUUUAACAUGGUGUAAAGAUGCAGUAUUUUUCAUAAAGAAUAUGCUUUGAAAAUGACAAAACUGAAAUGGCUAAUGACAGUUGUGCAUUUAUUUUCAGUCCGUUAGUCUUCAGUGUUUAUAGAAUUGGAAUGCUAAUUGAAAAUGUGUUGUAUUAUUUAAAGACUAUUACUAAAAAAAUCUCUUUUGUAAAA